AUGGCUUAUUCUAACAUUGAAUCUUCAUCACUGGAAGAUGUGAUUGAGAUUGGAUUUAUGUACAUUGGGGGUUCUAUGUUCCCUUAUUCCUUCAUGUGCAGAGUUUACCAGAGAGAAUACAGACAUCUCCUGGCUUUUAUCUUUGCUAUUGAUGAGAUAAACAGCAGUCCAGAUAUUCUGCCCAAUGUGACUCUGGGAUAUCAUGUGUAUGAUUCUUGUGGAAAUGUGAAUAAAGCUACAAAAGAUGUUCUGCAAAUCUUGUCUGGACAUUCCAAGACAGUUCCAAAUUAUUCCUGUAUGAUUAGUUAUGGAGCUAGAGAUACUUUACUAAGUGACAGAAAGAUGUUUCCAAACCUUUUCCGGACAGUUCCAGAUAAUGAGAUGCAAUAUGUGGCCAUAGUGAAGUUACUGAAAAGGUUGAAGUGGAACUGGGUUGGGAUCAUUACAUCUGAUGAUGAAUAUGGAGAGAGGGAGAUCCAACAACUCAGCAAACAGUUAACUAAUCAUGGAAUUUGUAUUGAAUUUAGGAUCAUGCACGGAUUUAUGAAGGACCUUUCUUGUCAGAUCAACCUACUAAAAUUCUAUGAAGAGCUGAUAGAUCGUAAUAGAGGAAGGCCAGAGGAUGUGGUGUACCGGGAUUUUGCAAAAGCUUUGACACGGCCCCAAGAGGUCGAUGUUCUGCAGAAUGUCAUCCAGGGUUUAGAAAAGCUUGAAAACUGCCAGAUGUGUCCUGAAGAUCAAUGGCCUAAUGAGGCUAGAAAUAUUUGUGUUGCCAAAUGUUAUGAGUAUUUGUCAUAUGAGAAGGAUAUUGUGGUUGUAUUUUUUUCUGCAUCUUCAGUCGUAUGUUCCACUGCAUCUCUCUGUAUACUUGGAAUAUUUUUUUGGUUUCGGAGCACUCCUAUAGUCAGAGCCAAUAACAGGAACCUCAGCUUCAUUCUGCUCUUCUCUCUCAUGCUGAGUUUCCUUUCUGUGUUCCUGUUCCUUGGACAUCCGGUGAAUGUAACUUGUAUGCUGCAACAAGUCUUCUUUGGAAUUGUCUUCACAGUCUCCCUGUCUUCUAUCCUAGCCAAAACCAUCAUGGUUUUCAUUGCUUUUAAAGCCACCAGACCUGAAAGCUCCUGUAGGAAAUGGGUGGGAAUCAAACUUCCCAAUACAGUCCUGUUGUUCUGCUCAUUAAUUCAGGUUAUGAUUGGUGUUUUCUGGAUGUCCAUCUCUCCACCAUUUCAAGAGUAUGACAUGCACUCUUCUGCUGGGAAGAUCAUCAUUCAGUGUAAUGAAGGGUCAGUUAUCGGGUUCUACUGUUUGUUGGGAUAUAUGGGGCUUCUGGCAGCUGUGAGUUUUGUUCUGGCUUUCAUGGUUAGGACAUUACCAGACAGUUUUAAUGAGGCCAAGUACAUCACCUUCAGCAUGCUGGUAUUCUGCAGUGUCUGGAUUGCCAUGAUCCCGGCCUAUCUGAGCACCAGAGGAAAGUACACAGUAGCUGUGGAGAUAUUCGCCAUACUGACCUCCAGUGCUGGAAUAUUAGUCUGUAUAUUUUUUCCAAAAUUGUAUAUUCUACUUUUUAAACCUGAGCUGAACACAAGAAAAUCCAUCAUGGCAGGAAGAAUGAUGUAA